AUGACUGUUUGCAAACCACAGAGAAGGGCCUUGUCGUGGGCCCUGGAAUAUCUGCGCUCGCCGUCCCUCAAUCAUGUCUCCAACCCGAAGGCCAACGCGGAAUGUGCCAGCCAAUGUGAGAAAGAGAACAAGAAGAACAGCGCAGGACGGAGGAGGAGGAGGAGGAGGAGGAGGAGGAGGAGGAAGAGAAAGAAGGCCAUGUAUUCUGCUUUUGUUCUCAUUAUUCCUCCCCGGCUGGGCGAUAUCCAGGCCGCCAGUGUUCCUCGACUGGGAUGUGGAGGGAGGGUUAUCGGAGGGUCCGCUGGGGAGCGUCUGCAGCGUGUCUCCCUAUCGCACGCUCUCAGAAGGCAGGAGGAGGGAGUGGGUGGGAGAGGAGG